AUGUCUAAGAGCCCUCUCGCAGUCACAGGGGAUGAUCCAGGAGGUGGCUUCCCGCCAGAUAGGGGAAGGCAACUCCAGUUAACGGACUUUUGGAAGGCUCAACCUCCCAUGGAGCAGGCGGUUUUGGAUGGGGGAAAGGAUCCUUCUUUUGCUGCAAAUAAAUCCUUUGCCUCCAUUGUUGGUUCUGAUACCGAAGCUUCUGCAAAAGUGACCGCCCCAGCUGAUCAAAUACCACACAAAUCUUAUGCGAAUGUGGAGGCUUACGAGGAUAGAUUAAUCAAAUAUCGAUUUGCCCUGAUUGGUAGAAUCAAUUUUCGUUUUCUUUCCCUGGAUGAUGUUCGUAGAGAAGCCCGUGACUCCUGGAAACUGAAAGGUAAAGUGAAGAUGAUACCCAUGGGUAAGGGCUUCAUGAUCUUCCAAUUUGAGUCUGAGCAUGACAUGGCCCAGAUGUUGAAGAGAAGCCCUGUGAAGAUUGGAGGUCAACUCGUUCGGUUUCAAAGAUGGCGUCCAGAUUUUAGCCUCCAUGAAAAAUUGAUCAAUAAGGUCCUGGUUUGGGUGCAAUUUCCAGAUCUUCCUCUAGAAUAUUGGCAUGAAAAGGUCUUAUUGACAAUGGCCAAGGCGGUAGGGAGGUCAAUUGUUCUGGUGGAGAUGGCAGUGGGGGUUCCGAGGCUGGAGGAAAUCCAAGUUGAAUGCAAACAGCCUGGGACUCAAACUUUGUUCUGGUUCAAGCAGCAGUUGAUCUACGAGGAUUCAUUGGCGAAAUGCAGUUUCUGUAAAAAACUGGGGCACCAAGUUCAUGCCUGUCGAGAAAAGAAGGCCUAUGACCAGCGGUUGAAUGCCCGAGACAAGGUAGGGAUACCAGGGCCGGUGUAUGAAGAAGACAGUCAACUCGGGAACGAGUAA